AUGUCGCCGAAGCUGGAGCAAGAAAGGUUGCUCCACGGCUACGAGUUCGCCAGCGACGAUAGGUUAGUUCUUGAGGGUGUUACGGUAGUUUUAAGUUUUCGAAAAGAGAAAAAAAUAUAGUUCUGAAAUUUCUUAAAAAUCAAGCAGCGAAAAUCUACUAAAAUGCAGUUGGAGUAAUUUUAAGGGGAACCUCAGAAUUUUAAUAAAAUGAAUAAUUUUUGAUAACGAAGAUCCUUUGAGUCUCGAUCUGUAAAAACCUUGUUUUUGGAAACGGGCGCCGCAAAGUCUCGGCCAACAGGACAAAGACAUGAAAAACCAACUUUUAGUCGUCAUUUCCCAAAAACUUGGAUUUUUGGCAAGUUGAGACUUUCAGAAUAUUCAUGUAAUACGGCGAAAAAUGUUCUAACUCAGAAAAUUCUGAAACUGUUGUAAGAUUACCUCCCUUGAAGAAAAUACCUUUUUUUCGUUUCUUUCGUCUCUACUUUUCCGAGCUUGAGAUCAGAAUAAAAUCCUUGAACAAAUUAAAGACUCUCUAUCAUUAAUCAAAAAUGAUAUAGAGGAUCAAUGAAUUCAUAAAAAGGUCCCCCUUUCAGACUUUUCUUCCUUUAGUAUAAAAAACUGUAACAAUUCUGAAUGGAAAACGAACGAAUUCCUUCAAACCUUCCACAACUAAUAUCCUGUCAGUGUGGUUUUUUUUCUUCAAAAAACUUCUAUUCAAUAGGAUUUUUCCAUUUCCUUUCUCUUUUCUGUGAGUAAUCUUCCAUUCUCUCUUUUUUCAGGAACAUCAUUCAAAGUCGAAUGAAAGAUUUCUCUGUUAAAAUGAUUCAGAAUGUUCCUAUCAAUCAUUUCGAAAGAAAUACUUUUCCAAUUCUUUCCUGGGCUCAAAAUUUUUGAACCGCUGUCGUCUGAAAAGUGUUAGAAAUCGAUUUCUUAUCACUUCUUAACACUUUCCUAAUCGCCUUUGACUCAGAAAAUAAAACAUUUAAUGACUGUCCCAUUGUUUUCCUAACGGAGAGCUUCUCAAAAAAUUCUCAAGAAUUCACAAGUUUCUCCUUGGUGACGUCGUCUCCAAGGCAUUUCUAUUGUUUCACGUUUUUCUUGCUUUCUUUUGCAUUCUUGUUUUGAACUUUUUUUUUAGAAUACUACUUUCAACUGAAGUUUGCUUAUCUUUCAUUCAAAAAAAUUACGGUCAGAAAAUAGUUAGAAUCGCUUUUUUUGAUUUGAUAACGUUAACCAAAAAAAUUUACACCGGUAAUUUUAAUUUAUUACACAAAAAAACAGGUGAAAAAAACUCGAAAUUUUUUUACAUCUUCUCUUCUUCGAAUUCAAUAUUUUUUUUCUUUUCAUUGUUUUUAAUUACCUUGAUUAAGCUUUCAGAGUAUUUUUGAUCAAAUUGUCCCUUUUCAGAAUGUUCGAAAAGGAGAAGAACGACGGGAUCUUGCCAACGACGAUGGGCAAGCCCUACCAAGUCCGCCGGUGGCCCACCAUCGCCGCCCUCCUUUUUGUUGUUGGUUCUUUUUUCAAAAGUUUCUUAGCUAAAACUUUCCGCGUUUCGGAACAAUUUUCGUUAUGUCCGAUGAACACGUCAUGAAAAAAAAUUUUUUUGCGCGGAACAAUGCGUUGCGUCUGCGGCAUUACGUCGCUGUGAUUUAAAAUGUGCUUUUUUAAACUUCAAAAACUUCAAUAAUUUCUCCCAAAUUUUUGAAUAAUCCUUUGUUCAAACAUUAGGAUAUUUAUAUCUUCCACUCACGACUAACUUCUUUCAUUAUUAAUUUCAAUUUAUCCCGUUCGUAAAAUUUUUUGUGAAAGUCUGAAGGGAAAAAUAACCUUUUCAAUGUCAGUCAUAGGUAAAGUUAGUUUUCUUAUUUCUUGAAACAUCAAAUCUUUACAGGGCUUGGGAUGGUUUCUCAACGAGGUUUCAUUGGCGUGGAUCCACGAACGAGUACCCAGAAACGUCGACCCUUUACCCGACUUUUGGUUUUCCUGGUUCCCUGAGGUAUAAUUUUAAUGCGGUUCAAAGUUAACUAGAGUUUUUUUUAUAGAUCCGUGGAGCCAUUCGAAUCACCGAGUAUAUCAUGAUGAUUUUGAUUGUCAACGCUUUCGUCAUAAUGAUCGGCCAUCAACACAGGUGGAUCGUGAUGCGGCGGACGUUUUUCUGCAUUGCGUUGUCGUACUGCUUCCGGGCUUUCUGUAUCACAAUUUUCCAGGUAGGAGUCUCGAAACGUAAAGGAAAUAGGUUGAGUUGAGAAAGUUAUAUAAAAAAUUUUCGCGUUCUUAUCUGUUUAUGAAAGUGAGUGAUGGCUAAAAAGCGACUGCCUAAAAUGCUCCUGACCACAAAACUACUUGAAUAUUGAAAUAACUGCAACAGUUAAGAGAUAGAAUGCAUCGAGCCGUUUUAAAUGCGAGCAGAACUUCCCAAUUCAGCCAAGAAUUUUGGAUUUAAGGUCCCGGUUCCAUCGGUGAACACGUACUGCGCGCCGAAGCUGAACAGCUCCUUGGACUUGGUGGCGGGCCGCGUGGCGCGAAUGUUCUGGAGCGCUGGUAUUGAACAACUGAGGCCUCGAGAACUGUGUGGCGACCUCAUCGUCUCCGGCCACACCCUCACAAUCUUCACCUCGUUCAUGUGCUUCAAAACCUACGCUCCCAAGAAGCUCAAGGUAUUAAAUUAGUACAAAACAAGGAAAUCGAUACCUGAAAAUCAGAAAACCUCUUUUCAAUCACUUCUCGAGUUUCGUACGAAAAAAAAACGCAAAAAGGUUCAUCUCGACGGGGAUCGAACCUUCGACCUUCUGAAGCCAAAAAAAGCCCUAUCGACUGCGCCAAACUCAAAAUUUCAGCCACUGGUUUAUCUCUACAACUUACUGGCGGUGAUGGCGAUCGUCGCGAUUCUGAUGGCCCGGAAGCACUACAUGAUCGACGUCGUUCUUGGGUUCGUUAAUUUUCAAAUUUCGAAAACUCAAAAAUUGACUUUUUGUAAUGGUCGAAUGAUUCAGUAGCUCGAAAAUUACGGUUGAAUCUGCUCCCUUGAUACUACUGUGAAAACUUUUUAGUGACCACUUUAGGGUUUCGACGUCCUAGGGGCCACUACAGUAGUCGAAUUAGUAGGCACUCAAGUGGCUAAAAGUUAGUGAGUCUUGGUGGUAUUUCUUGACCACUAGAGCUACUAAAGUGGCCACUAAGAGGCAGAAUAGUGGCUUCUAUCUCCUCUCCAAGUAGUCCGCCUUGAGAGACCUCUUGAGUGGCCUCUAGAGUUUUUUUCCUCUUUUUUCCUUCUGUCAAAACUUGAAAGUCGUAUCAUGAUGAAGAGCUGAAAAAUACUUGAAACACGCUCCAAAGUUAUUUUCGCUCAUUUUUAAAAGUUUGCUUGCUAACAAUUAAUAGCACUUUGAGCUAAAAGAUUUAUUUAAAAUUUUUUUCAUCUUUUUCUCUUUAUUUUCUCAACUGCAACCCGCAACUCUAAAGUGGUUUUUAUUUACUUUCCGCACUUGACAAGUUUCAAAAAAAAAACGCCUGAUUUUGUGCAAAUAUUUGCUCUCAACUUGUUAAAAAGACACUUUUUCGAGGUACUUACUUACUUACUUAGAUACUUAGAUGGUCCAUCUUCGCUUUCGACCUUUUAUUGCCUUUUAGUGCCUUUUAUUGAUCGAAGCGUGGGCCACACGUUUUCCAGGAGAUCUUAUGCAAUCGGUCAUCCAGUGUUGUCGUCCUGGUUGACUGGUAUUCUUGCGAAAAAGUUCCAUCCGUGGUGUUGAACGUGUUAUAGCAUAAUUGUGGUCUUAUUAUCCUUUUUGCCUUGCCAGGGCUAAAAAAGACCGCCCAUUCUGUUAGCAGAAGCAAGCCGAAUUGCGUGACCGGUGUACCGUUAGCCGCCAUAAAUGGCGUUGCCUCCCCAUCACCGCGUAGAGGUGGUACUUGAAGGGGUUUUUCGAGUUGAUAUUUGAAAAUAAAGUUAAGAAAACAAACUAUUCAGGUACACCGUUUCAACACGAAUUUUCAUGGAGUACCACUCUUUGGCGACGUCUUUCCACGAAAACACAAUGGAUAAGAAUCUUUUGUCCUGGUGGGUUUCCUGGAAAGGGUAACGAAAACCUGGUUGUAACAGGAAAUGAGUGGGAAAUAUGAGGAAGCGGUUUAAUUACAUAAAGAAAUGGUUUAAAAAAAAUUAAUAGUACUAAAAAACACUUCAUUAUUUUCACAGAUCACUAAUAGGCUCUGGAAUUUCACACCUUUCGAUUAAAAAUAAAAAAACUAAUUAUCGAAAAAGAACAGAAAAUAGAUGAAAUUACGGCAAAAAAGAGAAUAAAAAUCGAUGAGAAAAAAAAAAAAUUUUUUUUGAAGUGAGUCCAAUUUCAGUGAUUCUUAGAAGUAGGAAAUUAGGGUUGAAGAGUUUUGAUGACGUCUUUUUUUGAAAUUAGGGAAACUUGGUCUCCUAAAGAUUUUUAAUUUUUGAUAGGCAUUUAUGAAGAUACUUGAUCCGAAACUCCUCAAUUUCAGUCAUUAUUCUGCAGGUCGUUCUGGUCGUGGGUAGUUCCCUUCAUGGAACGCGACGCCCCGCCCCCGCACGUCUUCCACAACCACAUCGAAUGGCCCAGCAACUGUCCGAAGAAGAUCCGCCGAAGAAUCGCCUAA